AUCCACGUUUUCGACCAGCUACUCAUAAACCGAAUAAGGGGUCUAUGCCAGGGUGAUCGCGUGUGUGUCAUUGGAGCCCUUACUUCCUUCCGAAAGUCCACCAAUGACUGGAUGCAGUGUAUCACUGCACAGAACGUCAUCCUCCACGGUGAAGCUGGUCAGGAGGUUGAGCCUCUCGCGGAAGAAGAAGCAGAAGAAGGCCGUACCAAAUCGGUAGACGAACCUUGA